AUGCAAGCCGCGAGCGCCGCGCAGCUCUUCCAGUCGGAUACUUCGCUAGCGAUCGGGCGCGAGCGCGCCGCCAAGGCCGAGCGUACCGCGCGCGGCGGCGAGUACGGCUAUCCCAUUUGGAUUGGCACGCACAGCAGCCCUCUGCCGGGCAACACGGCCGCGAGUCCGGAUGCUCCUCCCCCCGACGUGCGUGCACUCGCGACCAAGGCGGCCGGCGCCGACGGCGGCCUUGCCAAGGCGAUCACGGCACACCUCGCGUCGCCUGGCGAUCGGUGCAUAUGGACGGCCGAGAGCGGGCGUCUCGCGCGUGCGACCGACAUUGAGUCGGGCGAGUGUGUCCAGCAGCUGCGUGGGCACACGGCGCCCGUGUCUGCGCUUGCGUCGCUGCAGGUCGGCGAGCGCCUCCUCAUGUUUACUGCAUCCUGGGACAAGAGUAUCCGUGUGUGGGCCGCCGGCACCGAGAAGCGACCUGUGCCCCUGGUCGUGGUGCCAGACGCGGCGAGCGACUUUAUCAAGGCACUGCACGUCGACGCCGCGCACGCGUGCCUAGUGAGCGGCGGAAGCGACAAGGUCGUGCGUGUGUGGGACGUUGCGCCGCUGCGUGCGUGGGCCGAGCAGCAGACGGCCGACAGCUGGGCGUCGCCGCGCGGCUGUCCUGCGCCCCGUGUCGUGGACACGGUGCGUGCGCACACGCGCCCCGUGCUGAGCCUUGCGUCGCUCCCCCCCGCCCCUGUCGACGCGCCUGCGGCGGAUGACGUGCCGACCGAGUGCACGAUUUUCUCCGGCGACUCGAUGGGUCGCAUCCUGCAGAUCACGAUUGCCUGGCGCGAGGGGCGCGAGGGGCAGUGCGAGAUUGUGCGUGAGCUCGAUGGCCCCGAGACGGGCGUGCUGCACAUUUCCCCGUUGUGGCGUAUGGACGACGACGAUACCCAGUACACGGCCGAGGUGUGGACGACGUCGGCGGACAAGAGUGUGCGGCGCUUCCCCCUCUCUGCGCGCGCGCGCCGCGGCGUAGCGCCCGGGCGUGUGUCGCAUGCUGGUGCGGCACAUGGCAAGCUGUCCUCGCUGCGUGCAGACGUUGUCCUUCCGCUGCGCGAUGCGGCCAAGGCCGUGUUGCCGCUGAGCCAGCUGGGAAGCGCCUAUAGUGAUCUUCUCCUGGUCGGCCACGACGAUGGGGACGUGGAUGUGUGGCGCGUGUCGACCCCUCCGGAGCUUGUGCGUGUGCUCGAUGGGCACUGGCACGAAGUUACGUUUCUGGACGCGUGGCGGCGAGCCGACAACACGCUGUGGAUCCUCUCGGCGUCGCUCGACGGGACGAUCCGGCGGUGGCCGCUUGCCGAGGUGCUGCACCCCCCCGCGCCCUCGUCUGCGCCUGUGCCGAGUCUGCUGACGGCCGAGGAAGAAGCCGAGCUAGCCGAGUUAAUGGACGAGUAA